GCCGUCAUCGCUAUAAGAGCGCGGCGGCGGCGCGCGCGAAUGACGUCAGUCGGGGCCUGUGCGGGAGGCGCCAGCAUGCCGAAGUACUACUGCGACUAUUGUGACACGUACCUGACGCACGACUCGCCCUCGGUGCGCAAGACGCACUGUGGCGGUCGCAAGCACAAGGAAAAUGUGAAGGACUACUACCAGAAGUGGAUGGAGGAGCAGGCGCAGAAUCUCAUCGACCAAACGACUGCUGCGUUCCAGCAAGGCAAGAUGGGAUCUGGUCCUUCUGCAGCUGGAGGGUCCAUGAUUCCGCCUCCCCCAAGCCUCGGAGGGCCUGGCCGACCACCUCUACUGGCAGCACCCAUCGGAGGGCCCCCCAUGAUGCCUUUGUUGGCGCCGCCCCACGGCAUGAUGCAAGUUGGACCGGGAAUGCGUCCCCCAAUGGGUGGCCACAUGACAAUGCUCCCGGGGCCCAUGAUGGGCCCCCCGCGUCCGCGCAUGCUGCCCGCUCGCCCCGGACUGGGCCGCCCCAUGGACAAGUGACCUCCCACAUGAGUGCCCGCUAUUGCUCACAAUGGGGGAAGCAGAGUGGCUACUCGGUGCACUGACACGGCUUGGCCUGAAGCAGUGUUUAUCCCAGGAUGUGUUAUUAAGGAAACAUUACAUACUCUUUGGGUCUUUCGUUGAAGUCACGGAUAGAAAAAUAAUAAAAGAUUACGACGUUUCAAUCGCAAUACAAACAAUCGUCUUCAGGAAAAAAUACAGCAGGCGGACUGCUGCCGCAGCAUUCCACCUGCUGUAUUUACUGAAAGACCCAAAGAGUAUGAUUUCCUGCAGUCACGAAAGCUUUAAGUCGAAACAUUACAUGUUGGCAUUCGUGACAUCUGUCUUUCUCGUUUUUAAGUUUUUACAUACAAUAAAACAAAGAAGAAAUUUG